CCCGCGGGAUGAAGUGCGUGUUUGUUACCGUAGGGACCACCAGCUUUGACGACCUCAUUGCGUGUGUGUCAGCGCCCGACAGUCUACAAAAAAUCGAGAGCCUUGGUUACAGCCGACUUAUCCUGCAAAUUGGUAGAGGAAUGGUGGUACCUGAACCCUUCAGUACUGAGUCAUUUACUCUGGAUGUUUACAGGUGCAGGAAGCUGUUUGGAGACUCUGGAAAAAGGCAAGCCACUCGUGGUAGUUAUAAACGAAAAGCUGAUGAACAAUCAUCAGCUGGAACUGGCAAAACAGCUACACAAAGAGGGUCAUCUCUUCUAUUGUACCUGCAGCACGCUUCCUGGGCUGUUACAGUCAAUGGACUUAUCAACACUGAAAUGUUAUCCUCCUGGCCAGCCAGAAAAAUUUUCUGCAUUUUUGGAUAAAGUUGUUGGAUUACAAAAAUAAACACUAAACUCUCAACACUUUAAAAAACAACCCCCAAAUUCAACCUAUGGAAUGUGAUUAAAUCAAAUUAAAUACAUAAUAUAUAUUUAGAGAAUAAUAUAGUUAAUAAAUUACCUACAUCUAUAGAACGUAUAGGAAAUUUUAUGGUGUGCACAUUUGCAUUUGGGUCCAAAUCCUAAUUGCAGUUUAGUAAACUCACUAGAUUUUUUUUUCUGAUCUUCAGUAUGUAGUGAGCAUUCACAGGUUUUAUCCUAGAAUCCCAAGUGGAUUUAGAAUCGUGAAAAUGAGUGACAUUUGAAAACUUUGACAAAGUUUAUAAAUGUACAGGUAGUUAGUUUGAUGUUCCUUAGAAUAAAAAAUGAAACAGUAACAACUUUUUAAAAAUUUUACAUGAGAAUCAGCAUCUUUAGCUUUAUAAUCUAAGGAGCCAAAUUUAAAAAAUGAUGGAUUAUGCUCUGUGAAAUAAAAAGUUCAAUCAUUGCCUAAAAAUGAUGA